UAAUGCAGUCAGUCAUUAUAUUUCUGUUGACAGCUGAUAGGAAACAGUAAAUAUUGUUCUGAAAAGCAAAAUUCCUAGGGAUUUCUUUGAUGUAUUCCAAUAAUAUUCAUUAAAUAACAAGAUGGAUAAGUAUGACACGUCUCAACUGACGGAGUUCCCUCGUUUCGAGCCGGAAUCUACGCAAAGUGGCGUGUCGACCUUCUUCAACAAAUUGUGGAAGUUUCCUAUAUUUUCACCAAGUGAGACCUCGGAGAAUUUGCAGACCAAAGCUUCAGGGGAUGAGAAACAGAAUGCUCCCACUCCCGAGGAGCCGAAUAAACAGGAUUACGAGGAUAUCAAGCCGGAUCCUGGAGCUUAUGCGGUAGAGUUUGAGGGGCGUAGUUUGCCUAAUGUGUUGAAGAGGAUAAGCAGCCUUGUUGCUUUGGGGUCAGGGGGCGGCAUAAGAUACGCGGACACCGAGCUAGCUCGCUAUUGGAUGCCCGACGACAUCUCGCGAGAGUGCUACGAGUGUGCGACGCGGUUCAACGCGCUGCGCCGGCGACACCACUGCCGCGUCUGCGGGCAGAUAUUCUGUUCCCGGUGCUGUAGCCAGCGUGUACCAGGUCAAAUAUUCGGAUGCGCGGGAGGUCUUCGCGUUUGUAACUAUUGCUGCAAUGUGGUGCUCAGUUACUUGAAGGAGAAUGAUGCUAAUGGAGAGAUGUCCACUGACCUUAGAACUCUGCAAGAGAAUCUGCAGGUUAAAUUCCCCGAGCACAAAUCUUCACAAGCGAAGAACCGCGACAACUUCAUGUUUGCGCGCGAGCAGGAAGAGCGCUGUGAGACGCGCCCGUCGCCCAAGGAAGCGCUGCAAGAUAUCUUCAGACAACUAUCCUUCACGCUGCCCACGCAGCAACACAGGUACCGCUUGGUCCGGUACAACGGAGUGUGGCGAGGAUGCGAUAUAUUGCAGUGGGUGAUGGAUAACACUAAUAACAAGACAAGAGCCCAAGCGACCCUCAUAUGCCAGAACCUCCUGACCUCCGGCUACAUGGAGUCCAUGACAGAGCUCCCUCAGUUCUGCGACUACGGCCUGUACAAGCCGUCGGGCGCGGUGGCGGCGCGUGCGCAGCAGUCGCCGUCGCCGCCGGAGAGCCCGCGCCUCGUGGAGAGCGUGUCGUCGUACUGCCUCGACCUCAACCUGCCGCACCGCUGCGCGCGCCUCGUCAAGGCCACGCGCACAGAACAAAAAUCUACGCCGUCCAGCGAAGAAGAGAACCCAGUUUUAGAGCAUAGUGAAGGUCACCCAGAAAACAAGAACAUCUGCAAAGCGAUAGUGGAGUCCGGGGAAGACCACCUUCUGCUGCUAAUGCGACAGUGCCUGGCCCGGGAAGCGCUGGCCGCCUCCUGGCUACAAGUGCUCUACCCACUGUGCCACCAGGCCGCCGACAUUGUCAUGCCGGACAUAUACAGCAACGACAUAGACGUCCGUAACUACGUGCAAGUUAAGAAGGUCCCCGGUGGUGCUCCGCGAGACAGCACCGUGGUGCAAGGAGUCGUCAUGACUAAGAAUGUUGCUCACAGAGGAAUGCCACAACAGAUAUCCAACCCCACAGUACUGCUACUCGACUGCUCUAUCGCGUACCAGAGAGUAGAAGGAAAGCUCACAUCGCUUGAGCCGGUCUUGAUGCAGGAGCAAGAAUACUUAGUCCGCUGCGCAGCGCGUAUAACAGCGCUGCGGCCGCAAGUGGUGCUGGUGAAGGGGUCCGUGGCGCGUGGAGUGCAGGAUGCCCUGCGCACGGAGGGCGUAGCCCUGGCGGCGGGGGUGCGCGAACGUGCGCUCAAGAGGGUCGCGCGGGGCACUCGCGCUGAAAUAGUCACCUCCAUCGAUGCCAGGAUCGGGACGCCGAAACUUGGAACAUGUCGAAAUUUCUAUGUUAAGAACUAUUCAAGCAAAACCCUAAUGGUACUAGAAGGCUGUGCGGAACCACAGUUUGGUUGCUGCAUACUGCUAAGAGGAGCAUCCCAACAGGAGUUGGUUAGAGUCAAGAAAGUCGUCAAAUUCAUGCUUCUAGCGUGUUACAACUGGAAGCUAGAAAAGGCAUUCCUUGGUGAUAUCGAAGCUUCACUCCCAGAAGCGGGAAUGACAUUCGAUGAUGACAACAACGACGAAAAUGACGUAUUCAAAUCCGAAAUGACCAAAGGAAAUGAUGAUGCUAAAAGCAAUGAUUUUGAUGGAAACAGCAAUGAUUUUAAUGAAGUCAAAGCUGAUAUAGAAGAUAAGGAAAGAAAUCCUAAUAGUCCAAUUGAAAAAUCUAGUGAUAAUGUUAAUUAUACUGUUAAAACUGAUAUGAAAAGUGAUUUAAAUGAUGCUACAAAUGGCAAUGAAAAAUCUGUUAAAGAAUCAAAAUCUAGUAUAACGGAUUCUAAAUCCCAAGAGUUAGAUGAUCCUUUGCAAAAAGCAAAGACAUUUAGUCGCAAAACGGACAGUGAUAAGACUUUGAGUUGUGGUGUGCCUAUUAGAGACUUUAGUGAUCCAUUGCGCGCCACGUUGUCGGUCGAUGAUGACGUGUUCCUACCGAAGCAGGAAGGGAUGCUGAAAGCUGAUGACACUCAUAGCGAUAGAUGGUCGACAGACGACGCGGUGCUGUCGAUGUCCCCCAACGUGGUGAUCCCGGCGCCGUACCUGGAGACGGAGGCGGGCCGCAAGUGCCCGCUGCGGCGCUACUGCCCGCGGCCGCCGCUGCGCGCCCCGCGCCGCGCCCCGCACACGCCGCGCGCCGCGCCGCGCCGCCGCAGCCGCCCGCACCCGCCGCACGUGCUGCUCAAGGAGGUGCACCCAUUCAUAGCCAACCCAAUAACAGCGCCAGCGGACGACCCGGCGCUGCGAGCGUCUCUCGCGCACUACCGCGCCACCGGCUGUCGACUGGUUAACAACAAUCAUAUGCCCGGCUGCCCUCAAUACAAACCAUCAGUAAUAAAGAAGACCCCUAAAGUACCAGAAGUAGAAUCCAGUCAGAAGGAGAUUGAAAAGGAGCCGCUGGAGCCGCUCGCCCCGGAGAACCACCAGCGUCUGAGCGUGCUGCUGUACAGCUUCAGCAAUAAGUCCGCCAACGUGCCCGACUUCUGCGUCAACCCUUGGAUAGUGACAAUGGAGAUGUACGGUCAGCGCGACAUAUCUCUGGGCGCGUUCCUUGAAAAGUACUGCUUCAACGCAGAGUUCAAGUGCUCCUCCAGCACUUGCCAGGUGCCCAUGAACCAGCAUGUUAGAAGAUUUGUGCAUGGCGAUGUGUGUAUCACGAUCACUUGCAACACAGUGGGACACAGCAACGUCGAUAAGAUUAAAGAGGAGCAGAGUAAACAGGUAAUGUUCUGGUCCCGCUGCGAGUCGUGCGGCGCGGUGGGCCGCGCGGCCCGGCUGUCGCGCGCCGCGCUGUGCCUCUCGCUCGCACAGUACAUCCGCCUGCGCUGCCUGGCGCCGCGCUACGUGCGGGCGCGUACGUGCCCGCACCCGCUGCACGCGCACGCACACGCGUUCGUUUGUCGCCUUACUACUGCUUGCUUCAGGUUCAGUAAGAUCCAGACGUUCGACAUCAAGCUUCCUCCUGAGACGAUCCACACCAAAUAUGACACGAAGCAAAUGCGAGACGCGUUGAUAUCACAACUCAACGAACUCAUGCAUAAAGGUCACGAGACGUUCGGCGGCGUGACUGAGGCGGAUGCCGACAAGGAGUACCAGGCCUUUAAGCAGCAUAUGGACCAGAUACACCUGCAGCUCACCUCCUCGCAUCUGCAGGAGCAGACCUCACUCGCUGCUGUGGUACGUAGUUUAUGGAGCGUGUCAGAUCAGAUUAUAAAUGGAGAGAAGAUGCUCAGAGACGCUCAAGACAAGUGGUCCAGCCCUCCUGCCAAACCUGCAAAGACACAGCCAGAAAAUAACGUUGAAGAGAAGUCCGAUAUAGAAGAUUCGGGCGACGCUGCUAACAACGAAUCAGGCACCACUUAUGUUUUCGCAGACAACACCUCUAAGGAAUGUGACAAAGACCAUGGGGGAACAGAAGAAGAUGAGGAAAAAGGAGACAAGAAGACAGUCAGACAAAUAUUGUCACAGUUGCUGUCCAACAACUCGGCCAACUCUAACCAGAGCGGCAUGAUAAUCUCGUCGGGGCUACUCCCGGUGCUGGUGCUGGCGGGCGAGAUCGGGUCGGUGAUCGCGGCCACGCUGGCUUCCGUCACGUACACGCGGGCGCAGCGCCGCCACGACGCCGACGACGACAGGCACAAGCAGACGCACAUCGAGCUGCUGCUCAAGGACGGCCUGGUCUGCCGAGUAUACUACGCGGCGCAGUUCCAGAAGCUGCGGCACAUGCUGAUAGCGCCCCUGGACGGCAACCCGCAUAUCACCGACGAGUUCGCGAGUCGCGCUACGGGCGGCGCCGGGGACAAGUGCUGCUGCGACGACCGAGAGAAAGACGGUAAAACUCUGUGCGACGUGGAAGAAGGCUUCAUCAGAUCGCUGGCGUAUUGCGUCCCGUGGGCCGCCAAGGGAGGGAAGUCCGGCUCCACCUUUUGUAAAACUAAAGAUGAUAGAUACGUGCUGAAAGAGAUGACGAAGCCUGAGUGGCAGCAGUUCCUGGAGUUCGCGCCGCAUUACUUCAACUACGUCACCACUUGUCACCAGAACAAACAACCUAGUUUACUGGCUCGGAUCCUCGGCGUGUACAGCGUAGGCGGCGCGGGCAACGGCGUGCUGGUGAUGGAGAACAUCUGGUACGGCUGCGACAGCUCGGUGAAGCGGUUCGACCUCAAGGGCUCCAGCAGGCACCGCCUCACCGCCGACACGCAGCCGCUGGCUGUGCUCAUGGAUGAAAACCUGCUGCAAUUGCGGUGGGAGACCCCCCUGUACGUGCAGUCCCACACGGGCAGCGUGCUGUGGCGCUGCAUCGAGCGGGACACCGACUUCCUCGCCGCGCACUGCGUCAUGGACUACUCCCUGCUGCUCGGCAUAGACGGGCACACGCUCGUGCUGGGGGUCAUAGAUUAUAUCCGAACCUUCACAUGGGACAAGAAGCUGGAGCACCUGGUGAAGAAGAACCUGGGCUCGGGGCAGCCCACCGUGGUGUCCCCGGCCGAGUACAAGCGCCGGUUCAGCGCAGCCGCACACAAGUACUUCCUGCAGUGCGUCGCACACUGGGACCACCUCUACUCACACGACACGGGGCCCGACCACGAGUGACGAGACAUCGUAUCGCGAUCGUGCGCACAAUCGUGUCAUACACAUGUAUAAAGCGAUUGAUGAAUGUGGAGAAGUGUAUCAGAAUCGAAGCAAAUGGAAUUCCAUAGUAUCUGCUUACCCCGGUGGGAAAUAGGCGUGAGUUUAUGUAUGUGUUUAAAAUGAUUCUAGCAAAUGUCAAUUUUGGUUGACACAAAAGGAUAGAAAGAAGCAUAGCAAAGUGCGAUGCGGUGCGACCAGAUUUAGUUCAACCCUAAAAGAGUUGUACUGAACAUCCAAAGAACUAUCUUACAAUAAACUAUAUUUAAAUCAAAUGUUAUCUACACGUCGUCACUUACCAGGGGCCUGUUUAAUAAAACUUACAAUUGUAAAUUACAACUACAAUUUGGUGUUCAUUACGUAGCUAAUAUGAAACUGCAAAAUAUUCGUAAUCACACACUCCGCAAUGUACAUCAAAUUGUAAUUGUAAUUUACAAUUGUAAGUUUUAUUAAACAGGCCCCUGGUGGGAUUGUGGUCAAACGCCAGACUAUAUUAUUUUAAAAAGUAAUACAGGGCAAUUUAUAAUUUUUAAAUUGUAUGAUCGAUUAGAUAUCGUCACUGCCCUCGCUACACGACAACGCGACGCGAAUUAUAUCGGGGGAUGUGACAAAUUUUCAAUUCCAUGCUUUGCAAUCAUGAUCAUCAAAUUCGAUAAAGGGAUAAAAAGUUACUUCGUACGUCUUUUUGUGGCCUAUUGGCGCUCACAUAAUGUUGCCUUUCGAGUGAUGAUAUUCAAACGCGAAAUAUUAGGAUCUGACUUUUAUAGUAUUAUUAUACAUAGAUAUACAUUCCUUAUUUCAUAGGUAAACAAAUUAUAUUUGUUCACUUUUAAGUUUAUUAUCUCGUUAUUUUUACUGUAAUAGAGUCGUAAGUAAAUUAUUGCA